GCCCAAUCGUUUGGGGCACUUGGGAGAAGCUCUUCUAAGCGAGCUCGGAGCGAGGUUCCAGAAGCAAUGGGUCUGUUGGAGGAGAGAAAAGGGGGCUUGAAGAUGGGAAGUUACUGAGUGCGUGAGUGAGCAACUCGUGAUACCACUCCUCACUCUGAGGCUUGGCCCUGUACCCUGAGCCUUGUCAUUGCUGUAACGUUAACUGGAGCUCGCAGCUGAACUUCCAUGAUCCAUCAACUGUUUUAAUAUCAUCGUAUCCACUUGCACGGUAUCACCGAUAACUUCUUCCCCAUACCAUAUCUUAUUCCAAAACAGAGCUAGACCCAGAAGCCGUUGCCGUUGAAGAAAAGGAAAGGGUCAAACCUCCCUCCCCCCUCCCUUUCAGCCCUGUAACUUAACGCGCGGCCAUCCGUCCGCGGAGAGAAAAGAAACAUGCCGAAAAGCAUCGUCAAGUAUCCCUACGUCUGGCUGUGCUGCGGCUUCGCUGCCCUCGGGGCUUGUCUGUACGGCUACGAGGGCGUAUACUUUACCGGAGUUUCGACUCUCGAUGUCUUUGUUCGCGACUUUGGAACGCGGGGUGAUGAUGGCGAAUUCCACAUCUCUCCCCAGAAUCUAGCUGUCAUGACGAGCAUGAUCAAUGUGGGCGAGUUAGUGGGAUCGUUGUUAGCAGCACCGUUAAACGAUCUAUUCGGCCGAAAGGGCUCGCUCUUCACCGGCUCCGUUGUCGUGGUCGUUGGUGUUGUAAUGCAGCUCUCUACGACUUCGAGUCGUGCUCUUAUCACCGCCGGUAGAGCCGUAUCCGGGUUUGGGGUGGGAACCUUUUCGGUAACUUCGCCUUUGUACAUGGGAGUAGGUUUUCUAAAGUCUCCGAUUGAUUAUGUGAGAGUCUUCUUAUUGAUCGUGUGAUUACUUGUAGGAAAUAGCGCCGGAGUCUUUGAGAAGUCCCCUUCUUAUGUGCUGGCAGCUUGUUUUGUCUAUCUCACAGAUCAUCGCUGCUGGUAUCAACAGGAGUGUUAUUCACAACGACACGAGCUUUGCAUAUCGAUUUCCAAUUGGAUUUCAGCUUAUCUUCCCAUUGAUUCUAUUUUUCGGAAUUACAUGGCUUCCAGAAUCGCCGCGUUGGUUGCUCCGUCGUGGUCGUCAUGACAAAGCGAUGCGUUCUCUCCGCUUACUUCACCAUGAAGACAAGCACUACGACGCCAAACCCGUGAUGCAAAAUAUCGAAGAAGAUCUCGAAAAAGAAAGUUCUAGUGAAAUCGAAAGUGCGUGGAUUCAACUAAUCACAGAUCCGAUUGAACGUCGCAAAGUGAUCUACAGCGCAGGUGCCCUGAUUGCCCAGCAGAUCAACGGAAUCCAAUGGUUUUACUACUUCGGCACCAUCUUCUCCAAAGCAAUUGGUCUCAAAGACCCGUUUCUAAUGACACUUAUUGUAUUCAUCAUUCAGGUCUUUGUCGUCCUUGCGGCGGUGUUGCUGGCCAACAAGAUCCCACGACGACCUCUUUUGCUGAUCACCACGGGCGUUAUGACAGUGUCUAUCUUUGUGGUAGGAUGCUUGGGUAUUCCCGGUGGAACUCCAAGUGAAACUGUAGGGAAAGUGAUUAUCAGUUUUGUGAUUAUUGAGAUUGUAGCCUUUAAUUUUGCUUGGGGUCCCCUUGGCUGGACUAUUGCUUCCGAAAUGGCCGUUGGAAGAAACCGAAACAAAAUCUACGCAGUCGCAGUCGCUUCUUUCUGGGUCACGGUCUGGGCUACCGUCUUCACCCUACCAUACCUCUACUACUCCGCCAACCUCGGUCCCAAGACAGGCUUCGUAUAUACAGGCUUAUGCUUCGUCACGUUGACUUACGUAUACUUCUGCGUCGGCGAAGUUACAGGCCGCAGUAUGGAGGAGAUAAACGGCUUCUUUCGUAAUGGUAUCCCUGCACGACAUUGGAAGAAGCAGCCGUUCGUUGAAGCCCAGAGAGAUCACCAAGUCAACCUCGUUGAGGUACAGGGACACGAAAAGACAGCGAAUCGCUGAGAUGAGUUAUGAAUUAUGUCUCUAUGAGAUCUAUACCCGAUUGUUGUCUAUAUGCCGGCCAUGAAUAUAACUCCUUUGAAGAAUCCCUGAAUGUCAUCUAUGGUCGACUGUGCCAAUACCCUCCAUACCUUCGGUUGAAAUACACCGUCUUGGUGAC